UGAUGGGAAGAUAUCACUUUGUUUCCAUUGGUUUUAAAUAUAUCGGGCACUGCUAACGUCCUGCGGAAAUCCAAAUACUGUAACGAUUUGGUUGCUAUGGUAGCUCGUACUGAGAAUACUUUAGGAAAUAUCAUGUGGUGGGGUCUUACUCCUGCCAUGAAUCUUGUAAAGUGCUUUGACAGUUUUUGUUUCGGCGAUAAUUUCGAUAGUAAAUCAUCAACUUUCACAGGGAAUAUAUUCACAACCUAGAUACUAACAUACUUUGCGUAGGAAUGGGCGAUUCAAGACACAUCUUGCGAACUUUAUCUUCAAGGUUUUCUGGAAGAAAUAAGUUUGAAACAGUAUUUGCCUUGUUGAUAUAUCAAUUUGUUGCUUAGUUUUACCUGAUCGAACCAUUUCACGAAACAUAUGCUCGGCAGAUGCUUCAGCUAUAUACAGCUCUUGAGCCUUACACAAGGAUAGGGUUGCAGGGUAAAAUAUGAAUUUGUGGUCUAAUCUCAAAAGAGAAAGUAGAGAUGUAUCUUGAAAUCUUUGGGAACGUGAUGAUUCGAGAUGUCACAUCUAAAUAUUUGAUCAAUGCUGCAAAUAAUCUGAGGAGGUUUACCUUUUUUCCGAGUGACUUAACUAUUUUCAGGUUGGUGACAAACUUAGGCCCUCUUCCAUCAUUUGAAUUUGUUGAUUUGUCACAUCUGAAAUACAAGGAACGUGAUAUGCUAGAGUCAACACUUAAGUUUUGGAGUGGGAGAGAUGAAACAAAGUUUGAUGCUGACAAGUGUUGGUAGGUUCCUUUUUGUUAUCAGUUUAGAAGAGACACAUAACGAUUAGUAGUCUUAUUGCCUUGUCAGGUUACAGAGUUUUUGGUCGUUCACCUUGUAACCAGUAAAGUCAUAAGAAAAAAGAAAUUAAAAUACUUGAUUACUGAUUUUCAUUAUUCAUAUUUGUAACAGAAGAAUCUAUGCUACUCUUUUCUGAAUGUUAUCGACACAACUUUUGAUCAAAUUUUUCUUUUAAAUCUCAGCUAACGUGCCAAAAGUGCCUUAUUAUUUUGAUCACUUUGGCAGAUAUGAGGUUGUUCCGAUCCAUCUUUCUGUACAUAAGAUUGUUUAACUUUAUAUGGCAGUUUUAUCUUCACUGAAGUCAUUUUAUAACAUAUCUUAGGUUUUGAUGACUUCAUAUAUAUUUUAUUGAUGCUUAUUUUUUGCCCUCCAAAUGUCUGACAUAAAACAGUUUUAUAAUUAAUAGGUUUAUUAAACACUGCUGCAUCAAUAAACCUAACCAUGUAGUAGACAGUUUAAGAGACAAAAUCAAUGACUAUUAGCUAAGCCUAUCGUUAUUCAUAAGUAGCGUGCCGGUAUGUUUAUAGUAUGGGAUAUCUUACCCUCUUUGCGAAGCAUAAGGUAGUAUAUCACCUUCUUCGAUGUCGUUACAUUGUUUUUAGUUUCACUAGUACUAACGUCAAUCCCUUUGCUGUUUAUCAACCAAUUUGUGGUGAUAUGUUGUUUUUAUUGUCUUAUUCAUACUCAAAGUUAUCCAAAAAUAGCUUUUUUUAAUAAUAUGAUCUUGUUAUGUGUUAGGAAAAGAACACUAAGCGAUACCCUUUUUUAACAAAUUGAAAGUUAGGAAAGAAUCAUCUAGUCCAAUAAUUAAGUUUAACUUAUAGGAAAUAAACACAUGUCCAAUCAUGUCUUUACCACAGUGACAAGUUAGCCUUGUCAUUAGAUGAUGGGAAUUAAUGCUGUCAAAGUCUUUGGUGCUGUUUAGAUACACAACGUCAAUCUGCUCUUUAUUAUUAAUUCACUGACGUAAUAAAACACUUUGAUUCGUCGUCAUAGAGUAGUUUCUUAAUUCAGUUUAUUUAAAUGUGAUAAGGUAUUUUAAUUUGAGAGAUGUUAUAGUCCGUUGUUCAAUGAAGUUAUUUUUACCAUCUGUCUCUGCUAAAAGAUAAAGGAUUGUAUUGAAUUUGCAAGAAUUUACCGAUCAUAUCUUUCAUAUGCCAACAAAAAUUUAGCCUUAACUUUAGGUAUUGAAACAUAGUCAUCACUAAUGGGUAUGGAUCUUAGGCAUUUUAAAGCUAAUGCUUGAUACGCUUCACUAUCGUUUGCAGACGUAAACAAGAAGGAUGAAAGUGUCUAGAACAUAAGAAGCAGCCAUAAAAACAGGUGAGGAAUAUUUAUUAUUUAUCAACAAGAAGAGAAUAGGCGUGAAUUUAGAGGGCUGGUUUCACAAUAAGUAAAUACACACUAGACAUACAGUGCAUGCAAUUGACCAUAUUUAUUUUCGGUUGACCUGGCUAUUAUGCACAGUAGCUAUAAUGGUUGUUUUUUGUCUAUAAACUCCAUCAAAAUUAUCUAGUAGUGAUAAACAUUUCACCCAUCGGCUGUUUUUCUGAUACGCUUAUAAGUGAUCAUUUAUGACUUUGAUUCACAAAUGCUGAUAUCAACUACUGGAUUCGCAAUCAUUCUAUUUCUUAUUUUCGGUUCUUGUUGGUAAUUCUUCAGGAAAAUAAAAUUCACCCCGAUUACUACUUACCAGUUGUUGCGCCGCUUAUAAAUUAGUUGUCCUAAGACCUUUUAUAUCUAAGAUAUUUGGGUCCUUUUUAAACAAGUUUUGAUGUGCUUUUAAUGACGACAGUAUGUUGGAAACUAUACGACUUUUAAAAUACUCUCAUGAAGUCGUACUAAGUAUAAAGUGAUAUAAGUUCUGCAACAUAUGGUUUCGUGGUACGCGUUUUGAAACAUUUUUUUCAGCCAAAUAUUGGGGACAAUUCGAUUGCUAAAUAAUAACCAACUUCUUUUUAGUUCAAUGUCGUUUAGGCUCUUACUGGUAGUUUUUAAACAUUCAUUGGUUUUGUUUGCGUUUUACAAAAUAGGUUCUUUCUUUUUGUUUGUUUGAAAAUAGUGUUAUUUAAUUAAUUAUUAAUGUGGAAUGUUGAAAGUAGUUUAAACUGUGAUAAAAAGUGGUUGGCACCAGUUUCGUCUAUGCAACCACUUAUUUCGGUUAUGUAUCAUUUAUAUAACUUUUGUUUUUAGUUGUCUUCUAUAAGGGUACCGCUUAUAAUCAUAUUCAACAGUUCAUUUGCGUCAUUAUAAGUUGGAAACUCGGUUGUCUGUAGCCUUUAUCUAUGAUAUUUGAAAAGUUGUGAUUUUAACGAAAUAUUGUGUAUAGAUCCAGAUGGGCAAAAAUACUGAUGACUUUCAGUUAUAGAAGAUGUUCUUAUGAGUCAUUACUUUUGCAAAAUAUGUAGAACUAGCUUACUGAUUAUAAGUGACAUUCUUCGAAAUAUACGAUGAGUUAUAGGUCAUCUGUUUUCAGCAGUAAUGAGUUGAAUUUGAAUAAAACAUAUCACAGAUCUAGAUGCUCAUUAGAGCUGUUUCUCAAACUAUUUAUGUAAAUGUUUUCUUGGGAGAAAGUAGUAAUCAAUACACUUCAUAUUAAUUUAGACUUUUUUAAGUUGACAUUAUGAACGUUUUCUGGCAAUUGUUUGAGCAAGUAACAUUACAGAAUAUUUUAAUUCCAUUACAAGUGUUUGGGUAUCACCCGUACUCCUUAUGCUUUUUGUAGGACAGUUUAUUAUUAUUAGCUAUGAAAACAUUAUUCGUCGUAAUUCAUAGGACUAUAAUUUUGUCACUGUUCCCAAAUAUUUUAUUGAUUUCAACCCCAGCAUCACAUAGUUUUGUCAUGAGUGUGUUAUUUAAAAUAUUCAAUGUCCGAGUUUUUAUCGAGAAGAGUCAGAUGCAUAGGCACAUUUAGAAAAAAUACUCCAACAGUUGAAUAAUUUUUUUGGUUAUACGUAAGCCUUAACUCGGUGACUGAUUAACAGUGACAGCGAAAUCUCAUUAAUUUCGACGCUAGGAUCACUCAUUUUAGAACAUUUGUUUUUAUGCUUGUUAUUCAUUUAACAGAGGCUACAAUUAAGUGUACGUAGUGGUUUCUUCAAUUCAGUACAGAGUUACAGAUUUGUGAGUUGUUGAAGGUAUGAGACAGAGUGCUCGGCCGUCAGCAAAAAGUAUCCAUGAUCUUUAUUCGAGAUCUGAAUCCAAUCCCCUUUGUCUAACAGUCGGGAAUAAUACCACUGAGAAAUUCUGGCUUCCGUUGGUAGAAAUAAGCUACUUAGUUGAAGUCUGUGCAACGACAGCUAUCAGUGAUUACAGACGUUGUGUGACGUGACUGAAAAUCGGUCGCAGUGGUGCAUAUGCAUUCACUUCCCAACUUCCUUCCUACAUACCUGUUGUGUCUUUUCACAACACAACAUUGAUGUUCAGUCCUUCUAAUUAUGAUUGAUGUUUCAUAGUUCUGAUUACUGAUCUAUCCCUCUUGUUAAUUUUAUUUAGUUAUGCUUUCGUAGUAUGAGAGCUCAAGUCAAACUUUCACUCCUGUCAGAUCCCAUUUUUGAUUAUGAUUAAAAACAACACGGUUAGUUGCUGAUAAAGUUCUCCCACUGAGCUAUUGCUAUUAUCAUUUGUCCGAAGUGAUGUUUACAAUUUGCGUAUACCCUGUUGAUUCUAAAUUAUCCGUUUAUUAUGGAAUUGUGUACUCACUUAUUAUUGAGAUUUAUGCCUUUAGAUUAAAUGGUCUUCUAAAUCUGAUACUCAAACAUGACUUCAAAUUUUUUUAUAGGAAUUAUCGUUUACGUAAACAUUUAGGUACUCGUUAUGAUGCUAUACCAAAUGUUUUCGACUGGGAUUGUAGCAUAACUCUACACGAUCGAAAGGCUACUCAAAUAAACUCUAAAGAAUAUGCUCAUUGGCGUCAGUAUGGGAUGGCAUUUGAACUUCGGGAAGCCAAUUACAAUGUUCCAAAUAGAAGUUUAGCUUCUGGAAGAGUUUUCAGGAAUUCAGCUGGUGAUAAAGGAGUUUACUGGGGGUAUUGGGGUGACAUAAUCUGCUCACCAUAUUUGGUGUUUGGCAUAGAUACAUCUGAAUGUAGUGAAUUAAAUCGUCUUGUUAAUGGGAAGCAUGCAUAUGCGGCAUCAACAAUAUCUGAAGUGAAUAUCCGUAAAAUGUUCUGGGAAUUAGAAAAUCAAAAAGACUGCCCAUUACAUAUAUCCGUUCCAUUUUUGGAUCCAUCAACAACAAAUGAUAAUAUCAGUUUCCCUGACGAAGAAGUUAGUUCACAAAAUGAUCCCACAGUAGAGAAUGACACAGACGAUAGUAAACAGAAUACGAAUGUUGAAAAUAGUAAUUCUGAUGACUGCAUACUUAUGAAGUCAGAAAAACUAAAAGAAGAAGAAGAAGAAGAAAAAACAUCAACUCAAGCCAAGUCGAAUGAAGAGCCAGAACAUCCUAAUAAAGAUUCUUUAACAAAACAAUUUGACAAUACAGAAUACGUUCCAUUGGAUAUUGCAAACACAUUCAAAGUUAAAUUUCUUCCAUGUAACAGCUUUUUAGACUUAUCUAUAAGAUACCGAUCUUUAUUUCUCAAAAGUAACGACAAUAACUCAUCAUCAUUAAACAAUCGUUUCCGAAUAAUUUACAUCGGUAACAGUUUAGUUCACUUAUUAUCUGAUCUGCAUAAAAGAGAAAGUAAAAAAGACAAUGGAUUACAUUCCAAAUUGAAUAGUAAUCUAGAUGCAGAAGAAUGUAAUGAUAAAUUAGAGGACAAGAAAGUUAUAUCCAAUGAAAGCACUUUAGAAAAUGAUUUAUUUAAUACUGAUACAUUCAAUGUUUCAUUCACUGAUCUUUUGGAAGAUGAAGCAUUGCUAAUUGUAGAAUCUAUUCUGUAUAUAGUGGAGGUUAGGUCUGAACAAAUCAAAGCGUAUUGCGAAAAUGUUAAACAAAUGGCUUGUGAUCUUGGUUUCGAGUCUAUUAAAGAAAUAAAACCAAUGGAGGAUCAUCAUUUAUAUUUUCGAUUCAGACGGAAAUUACAAUAACAAUGUUAAAUAUAAUGUAUUCAGUAAUAUCAUAUGUAUGAUUAUACUGAAACGUACUCUCUAUUUCACAGAAGUUCACAACUUUGAAGAUCAAAUAAAUGUCUCUGAAAUUAUUCAAGGAAUGCACUAAUGAUAUAUUUUAUUUUGUAUAUUUUGGUUUGAACUAACUACUGAUCAAUAUUUUUGGUAUUGUUGUAUCCCGAUAAGAAUAAAUGAACGGUAAUUUUCGGGAUCCAUUUAUGGACCAAUAUUAUGAGUACAUUUUUGUCGUAUGAUUGUUAUGUAACUAAACUGUUCAUUUUCAUCCCCCUCUUAUUAUGAGCUUUAUUUUGACCUAUGAACUAUGAAUAUACGAUUUACCAUUCAUGAAUUAUUCCUUGUCUGUUAAUCGCUACCUCCCUCAUUCACAGCCACAUCUGGCUAAUUCUUGUACAAAUAUUGUUUCAUAUUUUACUGGUACGUUGUGGUCGGUUUGAUUGGUAUAUAAACUCAGUAUGCUUGAAAUAUAAU